AUGUCCGUCAAAGCUGAAACCUGGGACGACGUUCCUCUCGCUCCCGCCGAUGCCAUCUACAAGCUCACUGGCGCGUUUAAAGAGGACCCGGCUGCACAGAAGGUGAACCUCGGUGUCGGCGCGUACAGAGAUGACAACGGGAAGCCGUGGAUUCUGCCUGUCGUAAAGAAGGCGACGGAGAUGCUCUUGAAUGAUCCGAACUUGGACCACGAGUACCUGCCGAUCACCGGUCUCCCAGAAUUCACGAAUGCCGCUGCGCGACUAGUGCUGGGCCCCAACUCGCCCGCCGUCGUAGAGAACCGCAUCUCGAGCGUGCAGACGAUCUCGGGGACGGGCGCCAACCACCUUGGAGCGCUGUUCUUGAGCCGGUUCUACCACUGGGCGGAGGGCACGCCGAAGGCCGCAUACUUGAGCGAUCCCACAUGGGUGAACCAUCUCCAAAUUUUCAAGGGUGUCGGCAUUGCGCCGCUCGCACAUUCGUACUACGACCCCUCGACGAUCGGCCUUGCGUUCGGCGCCUUCCUCGCGACGGUCCAGACUGCACCGCCAAAGUCGGUGUUUGUACUCCACGCGUGUGCUCACAAUCCUACCGGUGUAGAUCCCACGCGAGAGCAGUGGGGUUUGAUCGCGGACGCUGUGCUGGAGCGAGGCCACUAUGCGUUCUUCGACAGUGCAUACCAAGGCUUUGCCAGCGGUGACCUGGACCGGGAUGCGUGGGCAAUUCGGGAGUUUGUUAGGAGGGGUGUGCCGAUGUUGGUCUGCCAGAGUUUCGCGAAGAAUGCUGGACUGUAUGGGGAGCGUGUAGGCGCGCUGCACAUUAUUUCGCCGACGCCAGAAGCAGCCCUUCGAAUCAAGAGUCAGCUGUCAGUUCUGACGCGAAGCGAGAUUAGCAGCCCACCCGCGUACGGUGCCCGCCUGAUGGCGCUCAUCAUGAAUAAUGCGGAGCUGUUCGAAGAGUGGAAACGCGAUAUCAAGACGAUGGCGGAGCGUAUCAUCGCGAUGCGAAAGGAGCUGCACCGGCUGUUGACUGAAGAGCUCAAGACGCCGGGCAAGUGGGAUCACAUCGUGAACCAGAUUGGGAUGUUUAGCUACACGGGGAUCACGACGGAGCAGAGCCAGGCGCUGAUUGACAAGGCGCACAUCUAUAUGACGACGAACGGAAGAAUCUCGAUGGCUGGGCUGAACAGCCGCAACAUCCGGUAUUUUGCGGAGAGUCUGGACAAGGUGGUGCGGGGGCAGUUGUGA